AGAUCGUCGUCAAAGCAGUACUAAUUCGACAACAACAAUUGUAACAGUAGGGCUAGAUGGCAAGAACAUUCGGGGUAAGAGAACCAGAAGUACUAAUAGGCGGAACUGAUUUCUAUGCUUUCCCGCGUUUGGAUCCCAAAGGUGAACGACUGGCAUGGAUUGAAUGGUGCCAUCCUAACAUGCCAUGGGACCAGGCUCAACUUUGGGUUGGGUAUAUAUCCGACAGCGGAGAAGUCCAUAAACGAAUCUGUGUUGCUGGCUCUGAUCCUACGAUUAAGGAGUCUCCAAUUGAACCCAAGUGGUCCUCUAAAGGGGAGCUAUUUUUUAUUACUGACAGACAAAGUGGGUACUGGAAUCUCUAUAAAUGGGUUGAGUCUAACAAUGAGGUCCUAUCAGUUUAUUCCUUGGAUGCUGAGUUUUCUAAACCGCUAUGGGUUUUUGGCAUCAAUUCUUAUGAAGUUAUUCAGAGCCAUGAACAAAAAAACGUAAUUGCUUGCAGCUAUAGGCAGAAUGGGAGGUCGUAUCUUGGAAUUCUGGAUGAUGCUCAGGGCUCACUAUCUCUGCUUAGCAUUCCUUUCACGGAUAUUGAUAAUAUUACUUUGGGGAUCAAUUGCCUAUACGUGGAAGGAGCAUCAGAAGUUGAUCCGUUGUCUGUUGCUAAGGUGACUUUGGAUGAAGAUAAAUCGAAAGCAGUUGAUUUCAAGAUUAUUUGGUCUUCUUCACCUGAUUGCUUAAAAUACAAAUCUUACUUCAGCCUACCUGAAUUAAUUGAAUUCCCAACAGAAGUUCCUGGUCAAAUUGCCUUUGCAUAUUUUUAUCCACCAUCAAAUCCCAAUUACCAAGCUACUCAUGAUGAAAAGCCUCCACUGUUAUUGAAUAGCCAUGGAGGGCCCACAGAUGAAUCACGUGGAAUCUUAAAUCUGAGUGUUCAGUACUGGACUAGUCGUGGUUGGGCAUAUGUUAACGUUAACUAUGGUGGAAGCACUGGUUAUGGCAGGGAAUAUCGUGAACGGCUCUUGAAGAAAUGGGGAAUUGUGGAUGUAGAUGAUUGUUGCAGUUGUGCUAAAUAUCUGGUGGGUUCUGGAAAGGCAGAUGGGGAGCGGCUUUGUAUUACUGGGGGCUCUGCAGGUGGCUACACAACCUUAGCUGCUCUUGCUUUUAGAGACACCUUCAAGGCAGGAGCUUCCUUGUGUGGCGUAGCCGACUUAAACAUGUUGAGGGCAGAAACUCACAAAUUUGAAUCUCAUUAUAUUGAUAAUCUCGUUGGCAGUGAAAAGGAUUACUAUGAUAGGUCACCAAUCAACUUUGCUGAUAAGUUUUCUUGCCCGAUAAUCUUGUUCCAAGGAUUGGAAGACAAGGUUGUACCCCCAGAUCAAGCUCGUAAAAUACACAAAGCUUUGAAGGAAAAGGGUUUGCCUGUUGCUCUUGUGGAGUACGAAGGAGAACAACAUGGUUUCCGUAAGGCUGAGAACAUCAAGUUCACGCUGGAACAGCAAAUGGUUUUCUUCGCACGUUUAGUUGGACGCUUCAAGGUCGCUGAUGAGAUUAAUCCGAUAAAAAUUGACAACUUCGAUUAAACAUUUAGUAAAGAGAGAUGCCUCAUGCCCGAGUCAGUCUCAGUUUUCAUGCGAUGAAUUAUGUUUUACAGGUUUGCUUCUUCAAGAGAUUUUGUGCCGUCUGAGAAGCACAAACAAUUUUCUAGUUUGAAGGAACUUGUAGAUCUCCUAUUACACCUACAUGUAUGCAUGUUUUAUGUCCAAUGUGAGAAAAAUGAAUUUAACUAUGUUUAACAUGUUCUCUGGUCUAUUAUGCCACGUUCGAUGUCAAGUUUGUCACGGUCCUUUUGCGUUGACUUGAUGUACAUAUGACACGUGUAACUUUUAAACCUUGUGUGAAGUUUGUAUCGAAGCAAUUCU